UGGCCCCGCCGCAGGCUGGCUCCAGAGAGGACACUCCCGCCCUGCUCCUGGCCCCCUGUUUGCCCGCCUGGUUCGCCGUGUUGAUUAAUGGGUGUCCCGGGUUUUGGUGACGCGGAGCUUCAAGUGCCGCGAGGACGGAGAAGCAAAGAGGAGCCCCCCUCCUCCCGGGCGCCCAGGCGUGUAAACGUGGGCGGCGGUGAGCGGCUGCCCUCCCUUCCCCUCCCCUCGCGGCGCUCCCGUGUGUGCGGGUGUGUGAGUGCGUGUGUCUCCCUCGCUCCCUCUCACACACGCUCCAGCACUAGUGCAGGCAGCGAGCCGGCGGCUCUGGGUUCGCUCGCUCCGGCCGCUGCGCUCCCGCCUCUCCGCCGCCGCCGCCUCUGCAGUCGCAGCGGGGCAUGGACCCGCCCGGACGGGACCACGCCGCCGCCGCCGCCCGGAGCUGCGCUUCGGGUCCUGCCUGAGCCAAGCCGCGCGCGGGACCGCCGCCGCCGCCCGGAGCCGCGCUUCGGGUCCUGCCUGAGCCGAGCCGCGCGCGGGGCCGCCGCCGCCGCCGCCGCCGCCGGCGGGGGAUGGGGCUGCCCGGGAGGCGCGCCGAGCCCGCAGGGGGAGCGCGGAGCCGGCGCGCAGCGUGAGAGCCCGAGCAGCCCGCGCCGGGCCGGUCCGUGCGCACCGCGCGCCGCCGCCGCCGCCGCCGCCGCCGCCGCCGCCCGCGCCUCGAUGGCGCCAUCGCCUCGGCGCCGCUGA